CUGGGUGGCCCGAGCCCGGCCCGGCCCGCCCCGCGGCUCUCCCUCCGGCGCCUGCCGCUGGGGCCGCCAGCGCUGCUCGCCCGGCGACGGGGCAGGUUCGGGCCGUCGGUGUGUCGGUGCGGCCCCGGGAUGGGGCGGGCCCCGCUGCCGCUGCUGCGGCGCCUCUUCCUCCUGGCGGUCUGCAGAGGCGCUCUCACCGAGGUGAGGGAAGAAACGAAGCCGUUCCUGCCACUCCCGAGCCCGUUCCCGGGGCUGCCAGCUGGGCCCACGCCGUUUUCCCUUCCUCGGACCGGCAGGCACCAGCCUGCCCUGGUGUUUCCCACACCGUGGCCUGGAGGGCUGCCUGGAGGAGGCGUGGCCGGGCCCGGGAGGUCCCACACUGGGCCGAGGGCCCUGCCGCCUCUCGCGUUCAACCACACGGUUGGACACAUAAUACUUUCUGAACAUAAAGGUGUCAAGUUUAACUGCUCCAUUAAUGUACCUAAUAUAUACCAGGACACUGCAGCUAUUUCUUGGUGGAAAGAUGGCAAAGAAUUGCUCGGAGCCCAUAACACAAUUACUCAGUUUUAUCCAGAUGCUGAAGUUACAGCAAUAAUUGCCUUUUUCAGCAUAGCCAGCGUGCAGCGCUCGGACAACGGCUCCUACGUCUGCAAGAUGAACGUGAGCAGGGAGGAGAUCGUCUCCGACCCCAUCUACAUCGAGGUGCAAGGGCUCCCGCACUUCACCAGGCAGCCGGAGAGCCUGAACGUCAGCAGGAAUGCAGCCUUCAACCUCUCGUGCCAGGCCGAGGGCCCGCCGGAGCCCAUCAGCAUCUUCUGGGUUCAGAACAGCAGCCGCCUUAAUGACCGACCGGAGAGAUCCCCGUCUGUUCUGACUGUUCCUGGUCUGACGGAGGCUGCGGUGUUCAGCUGUGAAGCUCACAACGAGAAGGGGCUGACCGUGUCCAGGGGGGUGCAGGUCAACAUCAAAGCCGCGCCGGCCGCACCCACCAACGUCCGCGUCCUGGACCGCUCGGCGCACGGCCUGCGGGUGGCCUGGACCCCGGGCUUCGACGGCUUCUCCCCGCUCAGGGCCUGCAGCGUCCAGGUUGAGGAAGUCGAUGCGCUGAGUAACGGCUCGGUCAUGAGUUUCACCACUGCUGCCUCCCCACACCUGUACCAGGUCGAGCGGCUGCGAGCCCUGUCCGCCUACCGCAUAGGCGUCUCCUGCGCCAACGAGGUGGGCUGGUCGCCCGCGAGCCCCCGCGUCCUGGCCAGCACCACUGAGGGAGCUCCGUCGGCAGCGCCUUUGAACGUCACCGUGUUUCUGAACGAGUCUAGUAAUAAGCUGGACGUCAGAUGGAUCAAGCCCCCACUUGAGCGGCAGGACGGGGACCUGGUGGGCUACCAGAUAGCGCACAGGUGGCAGAGCGCGGACGCUUCUAAAGAGCUCUUGGAAGAAGUUGGCCAGAACGGCAGCCGUGCCCUGAUUUCUGUGCAAGUCCACAAUGCCACGUGCACCGUGAGCGUGGCGGCUGUGACGAGAGGGGGCGUGGGGCCUUCCAGCGACCCCGUGGAGAUCUUCAUCCCCGCACCCGCGUGGGUGGAUUUUGCCCCCUCGUCGACCCCGGCGCCUGGGAACACGGAUCCUGUUCUCAUCCUCUUUGGCUGCUUCUGUGGGUUCGUUCUGAUCGGGUUGAUCUUCUAUAUCUCUCUGGCCAUCAGAAGAAGAGUCCAGGAAACAAGGUUUGGGAGUGCGUUCACAGAGGAGGACUCUGAGCUGGUCGCGAGCUACACGGCGGGGAGGUCCUUCUGCCGGCGGGCGGCCGCGCUCACCCUCCAGAGCCUUGGGGUCAGUGAAGAGCUGCAGAAUAAACUGGAGGAUGUUGUCAUUGACAGGAGUCUUCUAAUUCUUGGGAAAAUUCUAGGUGAAGGAGAGUUUGGGUCCGUAAUGGAAGGAAAUCUCAGCCAGCAAGAUGGGACCUCCGAGAAAGUCGAGAAAGUCGCCGUGAAGACGAUGAAGCUGGACAACUUUUCGCAGCGAGAGAUCGAGGAGUUCCUGAAUGAGGCAGCGUGCAUGAAAGACUUCAGCCACCCUAACGUCAUCCGACUUCUGGGUGUGUGUAUAGAACUGAGCGCUCAAGGGGUGCCCAGGCCGAUGGUGAUCCUGCCCUUCAUGAAGUACGGGGACCUGCACACCUACCUGCUCUGCUCCCGGCUGGAAACAGGCCCGAAGCAUAUUCCUCUGCAGAUGCUUUUGAAGUUCAUGGUGGACAUCGCUCUGGGAAUGGAAUAUCUGAGCAACAGAAACUUUCUCCACCGGGACUUGGCUGCUCGGAACUGUAUGUUGCGGGAUGACAUGACGGUGUGCGUGGCGGACUUCGGCCUGUCCAAGAGGGUCUACAGCGGCGACUACUACCGCCAGGGCCGCAUUGCCAAGAUGCCGGUGAAGUGGAUCGCCGUGGAGAGCCUCGCCGACCGCGUCUACACCAGCAAGAGCGACGUGUGGGCCUUCGGCGUGACCAUGUGGGAGAUCACCACGCGGGGCAUGACGCCGUACCCCGGGGUGCAGAACCACGAGAUCUACGAGUACCUUCUGCACGGCCUCCGGCUGAAGCAGCCCGACGACUGCCCCGACGCGCUGUACGAGGUGAUGUGCUCCUGCUGGCGAGCCGAGCCCUUGGACCGGCCGAACUUCUCCGUGCUGAGGCUGCAGCUGGAAAAGCUCUUGGACACUUUGCCAGACGUUCCGGACGUAGCAGGUGCCAUUUACAUGAACAUGCAGGGGCCGGAGGGCCCCGCGACAGCCCAGCCGCCCUCGGCCAGCGACCCUGCCGCCACCACCUGCACUCCCAGCCCUGCAGUCAGCGUGGUCACGGCGGAAGUUCACGGGGGCAGGCCCCCCGAGGGAAGGUAUGUCCUGGAUGGGGGCAGCACGGACUGGGAUGAGCUGGCCUCUGGGAAGACCGGGGCCUCGCCAGAGGACGGGCUCACACGGAGCGGGGUCUGUUGGUCGCGGCCCAGCACGCCGCCCCCAGGGAGCACCUCAUCCCCGGGGAGCACCUCGUCCCCGGGGAGCACCUCGCCGGGAGGACUCACGUCCGCCUCAGAGGACUCAGAAGCCCCGAUGUGAGGCGCUCCAGGGAGACUGCCAAACCCAGCGGGUCCUUCCCGUCAGGAGAGCCCGCAUCCAACGGAUUUGUGUGGUGUUUGUUUUCCUUACCAAGAAAUCCCAUUGCCCGUAAGCACCAAGGGAAUGUUGCCAAGUAAAUCAGCAUUAAGAAUACAUAAUAUAUAUUUAUUUAAAUGAUAUAUAUAUGUAUAUGGGGGAAAGAGACAAAGGUAUAUUUUAAUAAAGGGUGACAUCUCAUUUCACCCUUGCAGAUCUUAAAGUUUAAGCUCUAACAGCCUCAGCUCCUUGGUGUUCACAUUUGUAGAGUCAAAGUUAUUUUUUAAAGUUAUUUUCCUUUUUUGUGACUGUUGACUAUCAAAUAUUUGUCAAAUGAAAUGCCAUAUUUGACUUUGCUUCUGGACUUUGUGAAAACUCUGAUCUGUUCCCACAUGAGCCAUCCAUUUGCUAAUAGCUGGAUUGAUUCUUUGCUGUGACUUCCUAAUAAAAUCCAAACGGGGAA